GUUAUUUAAGAAAUGGAUAGCUCUCCAUAUUGUUAAAGUGUGACAUAAAAACAUAUAGAACAUUUUAACGUAUAUAAUUGGUUUGUGGUUAAUAACUUUUGGGCUUUCUGGACAUCUUUGAGUUUUGACGUCUUACUCAGCCACUUGUUAAUCCGUUUCACUUUUACCUUCUCAAACGUCAGAGGAGAGCUGACGUCCCCAUACAUUUCCAACCCCCUCGUGCACUAUACAACACACACGCCUGAUCAUCAUCCGCCCACAUCCAUUGUGAUUUGACGAACGUCCUGGGUCAUGAUAACGUCGCCUAGUCAGCCUUUAUAAGAAGCAGAAAGUUUCCACAGACCAAACAAAACAUUAAGUCGGCCAGAACAGACCGAGAGCAAAGCGCAAUAGUCUUCUGCGUAAAAAGUACCAAGACGGUUCCAGACAUGGAGAGGUCAGUCAGGUUUGCCGUGGUGUGUGUCGCAGUGUCUCUGCUCAUCUCGUGCCCACCUGUGGAAGCUUGGUACAAGCAAUCCACCGGGCCCAGCUACUACUCUGUGGGUCGAGCUUCCGGUUUGCUGUCCGGUAUCAGGAGGUCGCCAUACGUCCGCAGGGCCGAGUCCGAGGAGACGCUGAUGGACAGCGGGGAGACAGCAGGUAACAACGUACUCCCAGAGACUAACAGGGAGAUCUCCAUCCUCAAAAGCAUGGCCAUCUGCGUAAAGGACAUCUCUCCAAACCUGAAGAGCUGCGAGCUGCUGCGGGACGGGACGGGCACCUUCCAGUGCAAGGCGGACGUCUUCCUCACCCUGGACUCCCUGGACUGCCUGUCCGCAUAAGUCCGGUCCUCGACCGAGCCCCGGGAGCGCUUCUCUGGAAACGGCGAAUUUUGAGAAAGGAAGGAGGGGUGGUAGAGUGUGUGGGGAGGGAGGCAGGGUGGAUGAAGGCGCAGAGGAAACCCCUUCAAUAUCGACGAUGGACGCUGCAGACUCUGAAUGUUCUCUUAUCUAAAGAAAAACAGACCACAAACGUUGUUCACUAUUGUUUCGAUUUCAACCAGUACUGUAAAAGGAAAAAAAAAAGAAAAAUAAGUAUGAGAUAUAUACAUUGAAAACAUCUUCUUUCCAAUGACUUCCCAUCUUUGCUGUUUAUCCCUGACAUGUACCCACAGUUGACAGAAAUGUAUUAAAUGUCUUGAAAUCUGACUGCAGAGCAAAUUUCCUGGAAAGUACUUUAAUUUAUUUUAUUUAUUAAAACGAACAAACACUGGUAA